AUGGAAGUUGUCACUGUUAAUGACAGAGGUCACCAAGAACGGAAGGCAGUCGGGCAGAUUCAACUCUGCAUAAUAGUCACAGAGGGCUCGUCCACUCCUUUUAUUGGGCCUUCAGCAGCCUUUCAACGUGUUGCCGGAUCACCAAGCACACGUCAGCUUUUCCGAAUGAGAUCUCAAGAUACCCAUAAAUGCAUGUUGCACAACCAGUUCAAAAACCUAGAAGCUUCUAUGCCUCAGGGGCAGCAGUGGGAUUCAGCCGCCCUGCUGAGAUUUAACCAGGCCAUCCUGGUUUCCCGUCAUGACCCGGCCUCUCGGAAGAAGGUGGUAGAGGAAGUGAAAAGGCGGGCGACUUCCCAGGGAAAAUGGCCACAGGUCCUGUUUUUUCCAGAAGGAACCUGCUCAAACAAGAAAGCCUUACUGAAGUUUAAACCAGGUGCCUUCAUAUCGGGUGUUCCCAUCCAGCCGGUCCUUAUCAGAUACCCAAACAGUCUGGAUUCAACAACCUGGGCGUGGAGAGGACCUGGCGUAUUAAAGGUCAUCUGGCUAACAGCGGCUCAGCCCUGUACUACUGUGGAAGUGGAGUUCCUCCCUGUUUAUCAACCCAGCCCUGAAGAGGCGGUGAACCCUACGCUGUAUGCUAACAAUGUUCAAAAAGUCAUGGCCCGGGCCUUGGGAAUUCCUGCCACUGAGUGUGAGUUUUUGGGCAACCUUCCAGUCACUGUAGUGGGGCACCUGAGGGUGGCACUGGAGCCACGCAUCUGGGAAUUGGGCAAGAUGCUCCGCAAGGCCAGGUCCUUGACAGGUGGAGUCAAGUGCCAGUUGGAUGAAUUUCCUGCUUGUCCAUCCGGGCAGCUGGGACCAACGGAGCUAGCCCAGUGUUUGGGGCUGCCGUCCCCUGAGGAUGUGGAGGGGCUCUUGACCUAUUUUCAACAGGACGCAGAUGGAAAAACUGACUCCCGGGAAGUAUGCCUGGCCUUGGAAGCAUUAGAGGGCGAGCACGACCCCCAGCAGCUGACGAGCCAGGCCUUUGAGCUGUUCUCCGAGAUACACGCUGAGACCGGGGACCGCCGGCUGCACCAGGACGGCUUCUGUGCCAUUUUGCGUCUACUACUGGGCACGCCCAAAGCGGACGGGAUGGCACUCCAUAGCCGGCUCUGCGGGGACCACAGCCAGGACGGACUUACGCUUGAUGAGUUCCAGGACUUCUCUCUUCGCCACCCUGACUACGCCCGCCUGUUUAGCACGUAUCUGCGCCUCCCUGCCGCUCGCACUCUGACCAAGCCUGGCCCCCCACCCGCCUACGCGAAUGGCCUCCCUGCAGCCGCCUCUCUCAAAAGCAAGGCAGACUGAAAGCCCGCCCAAGCCUCUUUAGCCAUGUGUAUACAAAACAAAGACAAAAAAACCCCCCACACACACAGCCAUGCCACACCCUUGGCCACGCAGACCCCCCUCCCCCCCCACUCGCUUGCUAGCUCCAUGCCGUCAUGGCGGUCGGGCAGAGGCGGGGGCGGAGACACCCCCAUCUCAGGGCAACGUUAACUGGGGAACCACAGCCACAAGUUCUUUGGGGAUCGGGGCUUCUCUCCGUUUGUUUUAAGAGUUUCGUUUAUUUUUUGUUACGUUUUAUUUUAUUCGACGUUCUGUUUUCGUUGUGGACCUUUUUCCUGUUUUCGUGAGGGGGAGGAAGGACAGAGGAAAACGAUGGUCUUCUUGCUUUUUCGUUCCACUUUCUGUUUUGUAAGAUAUAAAGAAGUGCUAUUUUAUAUAUAAAAUAAAUAUCUAUAUCUCUAUAAA